AUGAGUGAGGACAACACAGAAAACACGACAAAUAACACUAAAUGGGGUAUCCGUAAUGUCGAUUUGUACCAGAAGAAGCAGUACAAUGCGGAGAAACACGAUGCUGAGGAGAAUGCGGAGGAGGCGAUGAAUAUUCAAAAAGAGCAACUUAAGAACCUCCAAGCCGCCGAUUUCUCUGGAUUUGGGGACUUUGAUGAGAUCUUAAAAACGGUCAAAGAAGCUCCAAUAGAGAAGACUGAGGAAUACAAAUUAAAGAAGUUCAAUGAAAUGAUUAAUAAAAAGAAUUUGGAGUUGGACGGCAAUGAAGAUGAAAACAUUCAAGCGAUUCGAGCCGUUUACCCUGAUUUCAUGAAACGGCUUGAAGCGGCACAAACAGUUACUUUUAUGAAGCGAGCAGGGUCUGGUAUAAUGAAGAAAUUGACUGCCAUCAGAGAAGACGCUGAAAAGUGUUUUUUACUGAAUGUGUUGAGUGAAGUGUUAUGUAAAGGAAAUAGUACAGAUGUUCACCCCUCUUCUGAGGAUGCCCAAAAGUUCUUAGAGUGUCUUCAGACAUCGCAAAGUUAUAUAAAAACCAUAGGAAACAAGACAAUAGAAGCCGUCUAUAAUGGGACUUAUAAGGAUUUGAUACAACAAGAGGAAGAGAAUGGAACUCCUAUGGAACUUGAGAACCCUAAACUGUCUGAGAUGGACAUUGAAAAUGAAGACAAUGAAAAUUCCGACUCCCUUGCAGAAAAGGCAUGGAAGAACAAGGCAAUGAAAUGGAAGAAGAAGAGGCAAAUUGGGUCAACGGUGAUGACUUUGAUACUUCUGAAAGAACGCGCCAACGAAGUCCAGCGCCGUAAGAUCUUAACUGGGGAGGAAGAUGCCAACACGGAGAAAGCGGUGAAGAUAGGUCGAGACGUGAAAAGUGCAAAAGAGCUCCGUGAAGACUCAAAAGCUAUUAAAAAGCCACAAGAAGAAGAAAAUGAAGAAGAAAGUGAAGAAUCCGAAGAGGAAGAAGUCUUUAGCGAAAAUGAAGAAAACAAAGAGGCCGAUCGAAUGCUCACAAAAUUACGAGAAAAGAGAAAACGGAUCGAAGACAGUCGAAAAGAACGGUUAGAAAAACAACGCGAAAUCGAAGAAAACGAAGACAAUGAGAGAAGACCAGUCGGUAAAGUCAUUCAACAUGGAAGAGGCUUCACUAAACAAAGAAAGCCUCAACACGCCCGUUUGAGAAUUCGUAAAUUGUAUGACAGAAAGACUCGUCACGACAACAAAGUCUCAAAGAAAUUGGCUAGACCUGUCGGAGCAAAAUACAGUGGAGAAAGAAAAAUCGACGAUAUGGCUAUCCACUCAGUCAAACUCAGUAGAGAUUAA